CACUUCUGGCACUUUUUCCGGCUGCUCAAGUUCCUGGCACCCCAUUCAUUCAGCUUUUCCCCCACUUCUAAUAAUAUCGCGUCGAAUUCUAGAAAAUCAGUUCCAUCAAGCACCAUCCUCGUCCAGUAGUGGAUUUUUACCACCAUUGAACUCUAAAGCAGUGUCAUGGAUUGAUAUGGAUGACUAUACAAUUCUGCCAAGCCCCGACGAAGCUCCAUUUGAUCACAGCGACGACGAAUAUUUCACCGGAAGACGACUACGGCAGAGAAAAGCACCCCGGACGGGAAGAUCGGUGACAGCGUCUGAAUCGAUGAAUCAGAUUGCAGACUUUGAUUUCAGUUCUGACGCGCCUUCUCCAAGACUUGACGCUUCAGAAGCCAUGAGUGCUCCUCCAGAUCCGGAUAUCAAGCGCUACUGGGACAGCAGUUUAGACAUAACUGAUCUGAGUGGCCACGAUUUCACUAUUUUCAAGCAACUCCAAGGGAUGCUUGGAAUUGAGAACAUUUCAUUCGAAACUCUUGCUCGUUUCAACGUUCGUGUCCAAACCGACACCUAUGGUCAACCUGCCAUUCUUUUUCCACGGUAUCGUGGAAUGACUUCCCGGCUACGCAUUCCAAUGGGUUUGAAGUUGAUCCGUAAAGUUGGAGACAGAAUGGAAAAGGAGAACUAUCCACUGCCAGAUGAAACUUCCGUUCGCCAAAAGUUCAAUGGAGUUUUCGGGCUUCAUAUGGCAACUCUGUCAGAUCGAAGUGUAGUCAUUACCACAAAUGAGCGUGAUGCUUUGGCGAUCUACGAAGCCACCAAAGCUCUGGUAUUUGCUCUACCACAUGGAGAAAUUUUGGAUCCACUCGUGCUUCCGUAUCUGGAGGAAUUUGACAAGAUCUAUCUGUGGUUCCCGGUUCAGCAUGUCAGUUAUGCCAAAGACUGGGGAAGUGCUUUGAACACCCUCAAAUGUCUUCUUGUGAAAAACGAAGAACGCCCAAUUGAAUUGGUUCGUAAUGGUGAUCAUCGGCUCAUUCGGAACUCACUAUCUAACUCGGUGGUUCGAAUGAGAGAGCGUGGUUUCCGUUCAAUGACAGAUUUAGACAUGCGUGAAGGAAUCCGUUCAGACCUUCUCAACUCGACAAAUCGCGUUGUUGGAUUUGGACAAUGGAAACGAUUUGCUGUUUUGAAUAAGUAUCUUGGCGGGCUUCGGCCAGGGGAGAUGACAGUUUUAACCGGAGGAACCGGCAACGGAAAAACUACAUUUUUAUGUGAAUACUCAUUGGAUCUAUUUACUCAAGGGGUGCGCACGCUGUUCUGCAGUUUCGAGAUGCCUGAAAAGAAGAUCCUCCAUUGGAUGCUUGUGCAAUACGCUGGACUUCCGCUGCAUCGAGUAGAGUAUAGCAACUCGAUAAAUUCAUGGUUGGAUAGAUUCGAGAGAUCGAGUUCGGCGUUGACAAUGCUUGACUCCGAAGAGUUCAUGGAGAAGUCCAUAAAUGAAAUAGUCAGAGCAAUUCGUAUUCACGUUGAAAACAGUGGUAUCCAACAUGUUGUCAUCGAUAAUCUCCAGUUUUUGAUUAACCAAGGAAUGAUGGCAGAUGAGAAGUCAAGUGGCCUUGAUAGAUUCCACCUUCAGGAUCGAUUUGUCGGAUACAUGCGUCAACUUGCUACUCAGAAUCAAAUUCACAUCACUAUGGUUGUUCAUCCCAGAAAAACUGACGGUGAUACUGAAAUUGAUGUGCAACACUUUGGAGGUUCCGCCAGAGUCACCCAGGAAGCUGAUAAUGUCAUUGCUAUUCAGCGGAAGCGUGAUGAUCGUGACCGUUCCAAGUUCCGAAAAUUCUUAUACAUUCUGAAAAACCGCUACUAUGGCCGACGAGUGGAGAGCGAUCAACUUGAGAUGGUUUUCAACCCAUCCACCUAUUCUCAUACAGUUGUAGAGUUUCCAAAGUAAAAUUUUCUUCUUAAUCAAAUUAAUUUUACAAUUUCUCCAAGUUUUUCGAGUGUCAUUAUUCAGUUCUAUUUUUUAAAUAUAUUUUUCUGCUUUUUCCUUUCUCCCUAUUACGCUGAUACUUGAUGAAGAAAUAUACCUUUUCUCCUGACCCAUUUCAUCCACCUUCUCCCUCCGUAGGUCACAUAUUAUUCUGACGUCUUUCCCUAUUUUGUCCGAUCUCGAAAACACUACCGCGAAAACACAAAGCUUCUGUAGUUUGCAAAUAAAUAAAUUUUUCAUUACU